CACAUCGCGACAUCAUCGGGCUCCCACCAGCCUUUCACUCGGCAGCACGCGCUUCCUUAUCGCCUUCCUCACACGCGUCUCCCGUACUGCAAUCGCCGCAACAGCUCUUCUUGCACAUGUGCGCCAUUUGUUGUCUCGCGCCACCCGAGUAGUGACGACCCUCCCGCCUGUAUUAUUACCGCAUCAUCCAUCGCUUCCUGCCCUUCACUUCGCCCGCGUGACCCCAGGCAGGACCACAUCCCGUCUGUCUCCUGAUCUUAGUCGAUGCCUCUACACUCCUAGAUAUUCAGCAUCAUUUGCUGUUCUUCCUUUCUUCACCUGCUCCUGUCGCCGCGCGGCUGCUUCCGCAAGCAUGCGCCCACUCCGCCUAUUGCUUUCGCUGUCUACGAGCCUAGUCGCCCUCACGCUCCUUCUAUACAUGGUAGUGGGAACAUCGCAAAAUGAAGAACAGGAACGCAUCUCAGUUGCGUCGAGCCGAGGCAGUUUCAAAGCCAUGUUCUCGUCCCCAUUCCCCAGCUCGUUGUUCCCUCCGUCCGCGAUAAUUAGUUUGACCGAUGACAAUUCGACCUUCUUCCUCGCUCGACCCGCUGCCUUCGGCCCCGCGCUACCCAAAGGAGGCUUGAGCGGCUCUCUGUGGAUUGGCAGCGGGUUCGGAGAUGAUACCAUGGGCGCUGGCGGCGAGCUGGGUUGCAGCGACGUUCCCGGCUGGGAAGAUGGCAACGAUGACUUCACACGGGCUUCACGGCCAUCGGGCCGUUCCAAAGAAAAGGCCAAGGACACCAAGCCAGACAGAAUUUUGUCUCCAAAGGGAGGAGUACCUGACGUUAUCGAGGACAACACCAAAGACGCCGUUGCGGACGAUGGAACAGACGAUCAUCUGCAGCCAGGGCUUUCCAACACGCGCAUACUGCCACGAAGCAAACACGCCGAUAUACAGUCACUACAAGAGAGUGCUGAAAUUGCUGGCAAGGUCGUACUCCUCAAGCGAGGGGGUUGUGGUUUCCUGGCCAAAGUUCAAUGGGCACAAUCGCGUGGAGGAGUAGCCGUCAUCGUCGGUGACGACGUGCGUGGCGGCGCCCUCGUUCGCAUGUACGCCAAAGGUGACACCUCUAAUAUUACAAUUCCGUCCCUGUUUACUUCGCACACAACCGCGCAUCUUUUGUCUUCGCUCUACCCAGGAGACGGCAUGCUUUCGGAUUUUGCACAGGCCUCUCAUGCCAGCGCCAAGGGACACUGGCAAGGUCAGGACAUUGAAGGUCAUGCGACUCUUUCAGAAGCGCCACAGGUUGUACACACUUGGGCCCACGGGAAGCAAACUUCAGAGGGCCAGCGCACUAGCUGGUUGCACUCAUUCCUCUCUGCAUUUGGUUAUGACGGAAGCAAUGAUUCACCAAAAGCUGGCAGCCGACGACUACCCAAUAGCGGCGACCUGGAAUGGGUUGAGGUCAGUGAAUGGGAAGAUGACCAAAACCCCAUCAAGACAAAAUCGGCAGCGCCCACGGCAAUGCCCACCAAACUCGCUGACGGUUUCGUCAUUGGCGAACAUGACUGGCGGGAUCCUGACCUUUUGCGACUCACUGCAACGACGAUUGCAUCUAUAGAAGCAGCUAGCGCAACUCCAAUCAGUACCAAAGCAGGUAGCAAUGCCAUACCUGGCAGUGGUGAGUAUACCCCAGCCAAGCCAAAGACCGGUGUGAAGAGCCCUUGGAGCUGGUGGUUUGGCUCUAAACACAACACGGCGUCUCCAGUGUCAUCCAGUCGUGCGCGCACAAGGAGCAUUACUUCGAUCAUUGGUGCCAACUCUGCGUCUAUCAAAACCUCCUCGCCUGCGACUAGUGCUCACAAAGGCCUGUGGGUCACGCUUACGCCCACCAAUGUUUCAAGCAGUCCUUUCUUCGAUACUUUACUCGUACUCGUCGUCAGUCCAUUGGUCACAUUGACGGUUGUGUAUGCCCUCCUGCUGCUCAGAUCUCGUAUACGACGUCGCCGCUGGAGAGCACCCAAAUCCGUUGUUGAGCGUUUGCCCGUCAGGACCUAUCAGACAAUAAGCGAUUCGUCAUCCGCAGCGACAUCUAGCGCAGCUUCACCUACUACUCCCUUACUUCAGCAUUCUGCAACUCGAUCCCGAUCUCCCGAGCCUCGGUCGCGCUCAACUACUGUGUCAGAGACCCCAGCCACGUCGACAUCCGUGCAGCAUGCAUCUCGUGACCGUGAAGAAGAGAAGCGAGAGUCAGGGCUAGCAGCAUGGAGACGACGCUACGGUGGCCGUCAACGAGAAUGUGUUGUUUGUUUGGAAGAGUAUGUCGAUGGUGUCAGUCAGGUCAUGAGCUUACCGUGUGGUCAUGAGUUCCACGCGGAUUGCAUAACACCCUGGCUUGUCACGCGCCGGAGGACUUGCCCCAUCUGCAAAGGCGACGUUGUACGUUCCUUGAGUCGGAGCUGGCACGAUCGGCUACAGUCAGCAUCGCCAAUGCGCUCGCCUCGACUGUCUAUCAGCGAAGACGAAGUACAGACGGAAGCUGCCGAGACUCGCAACAUGUCACCUUCUGCGUCGCGACCUAUACCCAUGUCCAGAUCUGGACCCACCGAUUCAUCUCCGCGCGAUGAUGAUAUCGAAGCCGGCUGGUCUGGGGACAACUCUCGGAGGGCCUCUGGAGAGAUUCCGCGAGCUUCCGAAGCGGGUCCCUCAUUACGGGAGCUAGCUUCUUCUGUUUCUACCGUAGUUUGGCGCGGCUUUGACGCAGUCCGAACGACGACUGGCCUUCAGCGACGGUCUCCGCCUGAAGAUGUCGACAGAAAUAGGUGAUUUUGCUAUUAAUGAGUUACGGUUUCAUAUGAUGGUUCUUGGUUGCAUUGAAGGCCUAUACCCCUGGGAAGCACACCGGCGUUGCAUCUGAGCUUGCAUUGGUCAUAGACAUAAUUACACGUCAGCGAGUGGCUCGCUUGAGGGCGAUUUGGCACAGCCUUAGACAACUUGCGCGCCCUACUCAAUCCAUAAGUCACUCCUUGUACAGCUAGUAAAAGCUACAACAAAUGGAAGCUCUGUACGGGGCUGUAUUGACUUUUCUUUCUUACACAAGAUCACCAGUCUCGCAUGUUGUUUCUGAACUGCGUAGUCUAGUACGACCAAUGCGCGUGAAGACGAGCGUCGUCUGACGUAGUACGGAAAUAACCAGGCUCAUGGCUAGAACGAUGGGUUUAGCGCCUUGGCGUCAGCGGCCCGCGUAGGUCAUCCCUGAGCUUCAAAUCGCCCACAUUCUCUCGCAUCCGUUCGUCACUUUUG